CAAUGGCCCUGAGAAAUCGUACCAAGGUCACUGAAUUUAUUUUUUGUGGACUUACCCAGUUUCAAGAACUGAGUUUGCUUUUAUUUUUCUUUUUAUCUAUGGUUUAUAUAACAACAGUGUUAGCAAAUGUCCUCAUCAUGGCCACGGUGACCUGGGAGUCCCGCCUUCACACCCCCAUGUACUUCCUGCUCCGCAACCUCUCUGUCUUGGACAUCUGCUUCUCCUCCAUCACUGCUCCAAAGGUCCUGGUGGACCUUCUUUCAAGGAGAAAGACCAUCUCCUUCAAUGGCUGCGUCAUUCAGAUGUUUUUCUUCCACUUGCUUGGAGGGGCGGACAUUUUUUCCCUCUCUGUGAUGGCAUUUGAUCGCUACAUGGCCAUCUCCAAGCCCCUGCACUAUGUGACCAUCAUGAGCAGUGGGCGGUGCACAGCACUCAUCACGGCCUGCUGGGUGGGAGGCUUUGUCCACUCCAUCGUGCAGAUUUCCCUCUUGCUCCCACUGCCCUUCUGUGGACCCAAUGUUGUUGAUGGCUUCUACUGUGAUGUCCCCCAGGUCCUCAAACUCGCCUGUACUGACACCUUUGUUCUUGAGCUGCUGAUGAUUUCCAACAAUGGCCUGGUCACUACCCUAUGGUUUGUUCUUCUCCUUGUGUCUUACACAGUCAUCUUGAUGAUGCUGAGGUCACACAUGGGAGAAGGCAGGAAAAAAGCCAUCUCCACCUGCACCUCCCACAUCACUGUGGUCACCCUACAUUUUGUGCCCUGCAUCUAUGUCUAUGCCCGGCCUUUCACAGCCCUCCCCAUGGACAGAGCUGUUUCUAUCACCUUCACAGUCAUCAUCCCUGUCCUGAACCCAAUGAUCUACACCCUGAGGAACCAAGAAAUGAAGUCAGCCAUGAGGAGACUCCAGAAAAGAUUAGCACUUUCUGAAGUAGAAUAG